AUGAAUUGUCAUAAUGAUAUAACGAAAAAACCUCGAGUUAUUGGUAUUAUAAUCAUUAGUAUUGUAGCUGCAUUUACCUGGAAUCAACGUCGUCCAUUACGUUCUGAUUAUCGAGAAAUCGAUGGCAUAGAUGAAUCAUAUGGUGGACCAGCAUUUCCAAUAUCAGAUGAAGAAAUUCAACAAGCCGCUUUAAUUGUGAUUGUUUUUACUGGGUUAAUAACAGGUCAAAUUCAUAAUGCAUGUGAAAUAUGUACUUGUGAUAAUCUUGAUAAACCAAUUACUGUGCAUUGUGAUUCAAAAAACUUAUCGAAUUUAACGAAUAUUAGAUUUAAUUCAAGUAUUGAAACACUUUCAUUUAUAAAUAAUUCGUUAACAUUUAAAUCAGUUGAUGAUCUUGAAACAAUUAAUAAUAUAACAUCAUUAAAAUCAUUAAUUCUAUCAAAUAAUCCAUUAUCAACGAUUCCAGAAUUUUCAUCAUCGAAUCUAACUAAUCUUCAAUUGGAAAAUACAUAUUUAAAAACAGCUACAUUUCCUAAAUCUUAUGAGAACAGUACAAAUCUUCAAUCAAUUGUACUUUCAAAUAAUAAAUUAGGAAAACUUACAAGAGAAAAUUUCAAAUCAUUAUCUUCAUUAACAAAAAUUUCUCUUGAUAAUGCACAAUUAAAUACAAUUGAUCAUGAUACAUUUACAAGUCUUUCUACAAAUCUUCAAUCGAUUUCUUUAGUAUCAAAUUCACUUAAAUCAGCUGAAUUUUUACCUACAUUAAAUAAUCUUUUAUCGAUUAAUUUUGAUAAAAAUAAAUUUCAACAAUUACCAACAGAAAUUAUUAAACCAACUCGAACAAAACAUUUCUUUUUUCGUGAUAAUCAAAUAAAUAUUAUUGAUGAAUUAUCACCACUUUACUAUUGGACAAAAACAAAUUUAACUGGUAUUGAAAUUUAUUUAAAUAAUAAUCCAUUUGAUUGUUGUCAAUUACGUUGGUUUAUUCAUUAUCUUACUGGACCAAAUAAUCUUGUUAAAGAUUCAUUUAAUCUUACUUGUGCUUUACCACAAGCCUAUACCGGUAGACGAUUGAUUGAUUUACAUGUUGAUUCAAUGGAUUGUUCAACUAAACCAGUUUAUCCAUCAAAUAAAUUAACAAUUAUUGUAUUAUGUCUUAUGGGUAUUUUUAUAUUUAUCUUGAUUGCUGUUGGAACAGCUUUACGUCGACGUAAUAGAAAUUAUUUUGGACGUCGACAACAAUAUGAAACAAUUCCAAGUGCUGAUAUACCUACAUAA